UCCUCGGCUUAUAUAAACGGGACGCGGGAUUCUCUCUACCGCAGAAGAACCGCAUCCGCCGUCGGUGAACAACAAGGGCAACUCUGUCACGUGUCGACGUUAUCCUUUCAAAGAUUCAUCUCGAAGAACUUUAUUCUUCAAUCGAGGACACGUGAACGAUUUAUUCCUGAUCGAAGAUGCAGAGACAAAUCGCAAUCUCCUGUCUGAUCCUGAUAGCCAUCACCGUUAUGGUGGUGUCAAGUCCUCUGGCGGAUGCUGCUCCGUUUUCACAACAAAAUUAUUGGAAUCAAUUAGAAGAAGAAGAUCCCGAAGCUCUCCUCGAUAUGCUCGCCCGUCUUCGUCAUUCGAUCAUGCGAAAUCAAGAACUCGAAAACAAUAAGCGCGGACUGGACUUAGGUUUGAGCCGCGGAUUCAGUGGUUCUCAAGCAGCGAAACAUUUAAUGGGUCUCGCAGCUGCAAAUUACGCCGGUGGUCCAGGACGAAGGCGCCGUUCGGAAUAAACAUAGAGAAAUCAAACAUAAGAGGAUACAGAGUGAACUUCUGACGCAAAUAAUAAUAAUAAUAUUAACGAUAAUAAUAAUAAUAAUGAUAAUGAUAAUGAUAAUAUUAUCCAACGUACUUGUUCACGUAACAAAUCUAUCAGCCUUCUUUAGAAUUUUACAUAUUUCGCACUUUGACGCACGUUUUCGCAAUUUUUCUUCAAUUUAUCUUAUUUCAAUCUAAUUUAUAAUAUUUAUUUUAAUUCUUAUCUCUCACGAAUCAGAUUUGUUUUUCUUCUUCUUUCUUUUUUUUCUUUCUUUUUUUCUUUUUCUCUUAUUUCUUAAUAAUGACAUAUUUUCGUUAUCCUAAUUCUUGCAGUCGCUACAAUACAAUUUACAAUUCACAAUUACAAACAACCAUAGAGCAUGAACGAUGAUCUAUCUCUAGUCAUGUAGAUAUAUAGGUAUAUGUGUGUGUGUAUGUAUGUUUGUGUAUAUAUAUACCCAUCUUAGUGCCGACCAAAAAAGUUGAACCUGAACGAAUAAACCUGAGCCAAACUGAUGUAGUUUAAAAAAAUUCAAGAAAAAGGUUGUAAACAUUUUUUUUUUUUUUCAUUUUUUUUUUUUAUUCUUGUUUUGUUUUUGUUUCGAUUCUGAAUUUUUUGAUGGCAUGUGUUUUAGACCAGAGAUUUUCAAGAUUAAUGGAUGAGAAUUAUAUCGAGUUUCAUUAUUUAUAUUGAUAUCAUAAAAAUUAUUAUAAAAGAGUUUUUGAUUAUUUUCAUUAUUAUCGUUGUUAAUCUGCAAAACGCUUUUACUCUCAUUACUAUUAUUUAUCCUAUGUGAUUCAGCAACUUGAUAUGAAUAUUAAUUCUUCAUCAUUGUAACUACUUUUAUUAAUAAUAAAUUGAAUUAAUUCCGUAUUAUCCAUAGCGAUAUAAAUUUUAUAAUAUUAUAGGUUUACGUAAACGGCGACGGCAGAAAUAGAAAUGAUUUCUAAAUUAUUCGACACAUCUUGUUUAGGACUUGUUCUUCAAGCUUGUUGAUUGACGUAUAGCAAAAUAUCGCUAGCAAUUUACGCAAGUAUUAGUCAUAUAUCGAUAUAUCAUCGUUCGGCACUGAAAGGGAUUAUUUAUAUUAUUUAUAUAUAUUAGUAAAUUAUUCAACUUCUGAAAGCACCUUUGUCCCCCGUUUUGAUCUAUUUUAGAUUUAGAAAUAACAAAGAUAUCUUGAUGUCGUUGAUGAAAAUGAUCGUACCCCCCAUAUUAUGUACCAUUUGUAGAUAUUUAUUGUAUUUAUCUCUUGUCAAUAGCAUGCAUAUUCUAAAUCAAUAAGAUCCAAUACAUAUAUAUAUAACACACAGAGAUAAAUUACAUAUAUUAUCAGUUAUGUAUUUUCUGCUAAAAUAAUCCUCGCAUACAAAAAAUUCUUUUACGAUUUCUAUUAGGACAAAGUAAAAAAUAUUCGUUUAGUAUCUGUUGUGAUAUGUGUAACAAAGAAAUGUUUCUCGUGUCUAUAAAUCGUCUAAAUAAAUGUUACUUUAACUCAAAA